ACCUUAAUGAAAUGUUUAUAAUGGAAGAAGGGUAAAUAUUAUAAUUAGAUUGUGGUGGAUCUGGUGAUAUUAGGAAUAUGACAGGACGGCGUACUAAGCUUCCUUGUCCGAAACCUGAUACUGAAGGAUUAUCUUUAUGGAAUCUCUUAUGCAAAAAUAUUGGUAAAGAUCUCUCUCAGGUUUCUAUGCCAGUAGCACUUAAUGAACCUCUUAACAUGUUGCAGCGUAUGUGUGAAGAACUAGAAUACAGUGAACUUUUAGACAAAGCAUCAGAACAAUCUGAUGUCUAUGAACGCAUGGUAUAUGUAGCUGCAUUUGCAGUGUCUAGUUAUGGAUCCAGUUAUUAUCGAGCUGGAUCGAAGCCAUUUAAUCCUUUACUAGGUGAGACCUAUGAAUGUAUACGAGAUGACAAAGGCUUCAAAUUUAUUGCAGAACAGGUUAGUCAUCAUCCACCAGUUAGUGUAUGUCAUGCUGAAUCAAAAAAUUUUAUAUUUUGGCAAGAUGUUAGAAUUAAGACAAAAUUUUGGGGAAAAUCAAUGGAGUUUCAACCAACAGGGUAUGUAAAUGUACAGUUACUUUGUAAUGAUAGCAAAGAUCAUUACAGGUGGAAUAAAGUGACAACUUGUGUUCAUAACUUAUUUGGUGGUCAACGUUCUGUAGAUCAAUAUGGUGAAUUGAAAAUUACUAAUUUGGAUAAGAACAUUACGUGCAAGUUGACGUUUGUGAAGGCUAGUUAUUUUUCUGCUAAACGCCAUGAAAUACAUGGUGUUGUAAUUAAUGACAACGAAGGAAAAGUUGUGCGUAAGCUUUUUGGUAAAUGGAAUGAGGCUCUUUAUUGUGGUGUAGCGCCUUCUGCAAAGUGUAUAUGGAGACCGGGUACAAUGCCUGAAGAUUAUGAAUUGUAUUAUGGAUUUACUAGAUUUGCAAUGGAAUUAAAUGAGCUUGAUUUAGAAAUGGCUAAAGUUUUACCAAAAACUGAUACUAGAUUUCGACCAGAUCAAAGGCUAUUAGAAGAAGGUGAUUUGAACCGAGCUGAAUCUAUGAAACUUAAUUUAGAGCAAACACAGCGUGAACGACGUAAACAAAAAGAAGAAACUGGAGAACAACAUGAACCAAAAUGGUUUAGAAAAACUGUAAGAAAUGGUAUUGAAACUUGGGAGUUCAAUCAUACAUAUUGGGAUGUGCGUAAAAAUCCUGGAUUUACUAACAUUCAUUUUGAAAAACUUUGGUGAAUAUUACCUAAAAGUAUCAAAUAAUCAGUGUGAUUUGGUCAGUUGGUUGGUGGUAUGGUAAAUACAUGUUAGCUUUAUGUUUAAAAAAAUCUGUUGAACAAAACAUUGUGAAUCAAAUAAUCUCUACAAUGAUAUAAAUUAGUUAAUCUAGUCAAUAUUUUCGUAUUAAUAUAUUUGUACUUUUCCAAUAAUUAAAUAAUUUUUCUUCCAUUUAAAAUCACUUUUCAUGAAUAUCAAAGUAAUUGAAUAGUAUUUUCUUAUAUCCAUGUAAAAUUUGGCUUCGGCUUACUUAACUCAAUGUUUUUUUUUUUUUAGAUAACAUUGAUUUUUAAUAGAUCAAAUGCCAAUUUUGUUUUCUUAUACACAGUACCUGAAUUAUACUUGAUUAUCAAAAUAUAUUUAGUAUAUAUGAUUAACUUAAAUAUUUUAGAAUCCCGAGAUAUCAACAAAUUC